AUGGGCGCCGAUACCGACACUGCUGACGAAACGGCUAGUUCACCCGAGGAUGAACGCAUGGCCCUACUGGAAAUCAACAUAUCCAACACGAACGCCGACUCCCAGGUAGUGCUGAACGACUUGCGGCUCCUGGAGCUCCUUUGCAUGUACCCGUUCCUCUUCAGCAGGCAAGUGUCUCCACAGCAGGACUAUAAUGAUUGGGGCUGGGAGCAGGUGACCAAAGCCUUCAACGAGAGCUACGAGGGCAUACCGUUGAGCACACCGUUCUCCGCGGCGGAGUUGCAAUGGCGCUGGGAGAUCUUGUGGCCGCUGAUCAAUUCGCUGGCACGGGCAAAGAGUCAGAUUCCGGAGCCGAUGUGGAAGAUUGUGGUACACCUGAACAAUCGUCUGAAUGGCGAAAAGCCCAAGGAGACAUGCAACUCUAGGUGCCAGGAUCUUGUGCUUAGUCAGCUGCCUUUUGUGGAGGAGCUCUCCCAUAGCCAGCGGCUGCGCCUCGAGGUGGAGGUUUUAGACCUUAUCAUGGACGAGGAGCGUCGCUCACAGUACUUAUACGAUGAUAUGAACACUAGAACGAAGAGGGUGGUUCAGAGCGAGUACGAUGAGUUUUUUGCGUCUAUAAAGGUGAAGGAACUGCCACCGGACACCUUGAAGCGCCUGGAAAUGGAUAAUGGCUCCUCCUCCUCCCAAUCACAAUCGCCCAAUAUUGUGAAUGCUAAUGUAACGGGCCUGGUGAUCAGCAAUGUGUUCAGCAGCGCCGAAGAAGUCACGAAUGGAACAAACGUGCCCGUAAUCAAGAUAGAACCAGUUGAUGAAGAUGAAGAUGGGUUAGAGCCACCAAAUUCGUCCCCGAUCAAAUCCAAUGACAAUCUCGCUACGGAAGGAGCAGUUACUUAUAACGUUAUUGUACCCAUAAAGAGCGCCAAGGAGUUUUGUAAAAAUGUGCGAGUCCGAUUGAAACGUUUGGAUAUGGACGAAUAUAUGCCAUUGUCCAGCAUGCGACGAUCUAGUCGAUUCACCGCGAAACACUAA